AUGGACGUGAAAGAAGCUGUGAAGAGGCAAAACGAAGUCGCGAUGAUGGUUUCGAGGCAUCUCUUCUCAACUAUAGCCAAACACUCUAACAGCGUUUUCUCGCCGGCGUCAAUGAACGCAGCGUUCACCAUGAUGGCCUCUGGUCCCGGCAGUUCUAUCAUCGCAGAUAAAAUCUUAUCCUUCCUCAGAUCUUCUUCCAUCGAUGAACUCAACUCCGUCUUCGGUGUCAUUGCUACCUACGUCUUCGCUGACGGUAGUAAUAUAGGCGGCCCGACGAUCAAAGUGGUGAAUGGCGCCUGUAUCGACCAAUCAUUAUCAAUAGAUCCAUCUACCAAGAGUCUCUUUGACAACUUUUUCAAAGCUGUUUUGGCUUCGGUGGAUUUCAAAACACAGUUUGAAGAAUUGCGUAAGGAGGUGAACUCUUGGGCUUUACAUCACACGAAUGGUUUCAUCAAAGAUCUUCUUCCUCAAGGAUCCGUUACAGACGAAACCAUCUGGAUUUAUGGAAACGCAUUGUACUUCAAGGGAGCUUGGGAAGACAAAUUCGACAGAUCAAUGACGAACGACCGAGACUUCCACCUUCUCGACGGGACCUCGGUUUCUGUGCCUUUCAUGAGAAGCCGUAAGGACCAAUACAUACAAGCUUAUGAUGGUUUCAAGGUCCUCAAGCUCCCAUUUCGACAAGGCCACGGUGACACCAGUGGAAGCUUCUCUAUGUAUAUCUAUCUCCCCAAUGAAAAAGAUGGUUUGGAUAAUCUUGUCGAGAAAAUGGCAUCAGGUCUUGGUUUCUUGGAUAGCCAUAUCCCGAGUCAAAAAGUUGAGGUUGGUGAAUUCAGAAUCCCAAAGUUUAAGAUCGAAUUCGGAUUCUUGGCUACACAGGUUUUCAAUAUACUCGGAUUAGAUUAUGUGGACAUGUACCAAAAAGCUUAUGUUGAGAUCGAUGAAGAAGGUGCUGAAGCUGCUACUGCAACUGCUUUUGUUGGAGUCUUUGGAUGUGCUUUUGUGAAUAGGAUAGAUUUUGUUGCUGACCAUCCAUUUAUUUUCGUCAUUAGAGAAGACAAAACAGGAACCGCUUUGUUUGUUGGUCAGAUCUUUGAUCCUUCUUAAUCUUCUUAGACUGUGGUGGAGACUGGAAGGUCACAGUUCGUUGGUUUGAUUCGGUUAGAACUUAAGUCUAAGGUGGUCUGAUUAGUUCGGUUCGGAAAAAGUUUAUUCGACUUUUUAAUUUAUGAUCAAAAUAAAACAGAAAAUAUUUUUUUUUUACACUUGCUCAAAUGUUCUUAAAACUGUCUUAUCAAACAAUGUUUAUCGCUAUAUAUAUUUUUCACCUAGCUCAUACAUGUUUCAUGUUCUGAUAUUUUUGUGGUUGAAGUCAAAGCACAAAUAUUAAACUUUUCAA